AAUCUGUUAGGACUUCUGGGAAAAGAGGAGAGGGAGUCACUUUUUACUUUCUUAAGUAAUACAGGGCUAGCAGGUAAAAUCUAAGAGCUGGAAAAAUGAAAUGUUACACACUCUUGUACAGUAGGUGGCGUUAUGCACCUAAAUGUUGAUUGCGAUCCGCCAUUAACCCCAGAGAAGAAGAAGAUGAUGAAGCUGAAUUAAUUGUGUUGUAGCACGUUGUUAGUAAGUUAAAGUAGGUUAUCGGACUUCGGCGUAGUUUAAUUUAGUGAAAUACAUGCAGAAAUGAACGUAGCUAAAAUGAUGGAGGAGAAACCCAGCCUGCUGCUCUCCUUCCACACUGAGAUCAAACAAGAACCACAAGAUGCUGAUUGUGACAGUAAAGCUCAGUGUUCAUUGGUGGAUUCCGAGAUGACAUCCGUAAAGCAGGAAGACAAAAGUCAAAUACUGGGACUGAAUGUUAAAAUUAAAAAUGAGGAGGAGAAGAAUGUUGGGGAUUUAAUGAAUCAAGAUCUAGGAAAUGUAUCAACUUCAGCAAUCACAUCUGGAGAGAAACAACAGGAGGACUGCAAAGAUAAGAAGUCUCCCCCCUGCCCCCGUUGUGGAAAAUGUUUCCUAAAUGAAUCAGAUUUAAAAAAACACAUUAACAUAUGUACAAGAGCGAAGCCUUACUCCUGUUCUGACUGUGGGAAGAGUUAUUCUCAUUUAAAUACCCUUAAAGCUCACCAGCGCAAACAUACAGGAGAGGAGCCUUAUUGCUGUUUUGAAUGUGGGAAGAAUUUCUCUAAAUUAAGUAUCUUCAAAUGUCACCAGCGCAUACAUACAGGAGAGAAGCCUUUCUCCUGUUCUGACUGUGGGAAGGGGUUCUCCGUAUUAGGUCACCUUAAUGUUCACCAGCGUAUACACACUGGAGAGAAACCUUACUCCUGUUCUGACUGUGGGAAGAGUUUCUCUCUCUCAGGUAGCCUUAAAAUUCACCAGCGCAUACAUACAGAAGAGAAACCGUAUUCCUGUUCUGACUGUGGGAAGAGUUUCAUGCAAUUACAAAGCUUUAAAUUUCACCAGGGCAUACAUACUGGAGAGAAACCUUAUUCCUGUUCUGACUGUGGGAAGAGUUUCUCUCAAUUAAGUAAGCUUAAAAAUCACCACCGCAUACACACUGGAGAGAAACCUUAUUUCUGUUCUGACUGUGGGAAGAGUUUUUCUCAAGCAGGUUCUUUUAAAAGGCACAAGCACAUUCACACUGGAGCGAAACCUUACUCUUGUUCUGAGUGUGGGAAAGGUUUCAUUACAUUACCUGAACUUAUUAGCCACCAGAGAGUGCACACAGGAGAGAAGCCUUACUUUUGUUCUGAUUGUGGGAAGAGUUUCUCUACGUUAAGUCAUCUUAAACUUCACCAGCGCAUACACACUGGAGAGAAACCUUAUUGCUGUUCUGAAUGUGGGAAGAGUUUCUCUCAAUUAGGUAGGCUUAAAAGGCACCAGCACAUACACACUAGGGAGAAACCUUACUCUUGUUCUGAAUGUGGGAAAGGUUUCAUUACAUCAUAUGAACUUAAUUGCCAUAAGAGAAUGCACACAGGAGAGAUGCUUUACUCCUGCUCUGACUGUGGGAAGUGUUUCUCUGUAUUAUGUCAUCUUAAACGCCACCAGCGCAUACACACUGGAGAGAAACCUUAUUCCUGUGCUGACUGUGGGGAGAGUUUCUCUCGAUUAGGUUGUCUUAAAAGGCACCAGCACAAACACACUGGAGAUAAACCUUACUCUUGUUCUGAGUGUGGGAAAGGUUUCAUUACAUCUUUUGAACUUACUAGUCAUAAGAGAGUGCACACAAGAGAGAUGAUUCAUUCAUGUUCUGACUGUGGGAAGGGUUUUUCUAUAUUAAGUAAGUUUAAACUUCAUCAGCGCAUACACGUUGGAGAGAAAUCUUACUCUUGUUCUGCUUGCGGGAAUAGUUUCAUUACAUCAUCUGAACUUAAAAGACAUAAAAGAGUGCAUACAGGAGAGAAGCCUUAUGUCUGUUCCGAUUGUGGGAAGAGUUUCUCUAGGUUAGGUAACCUUAAAAAUCACCAGCGUACACACAUUUGAUCAGACUUACUCUUGUUCUGACUGGGAAAAGUAUCAGUCAUCCAGUUUCCCUCAGAAUACAGCAAUCCAAAAAAUGAAGGGAUCACUGAAAUCACGUAUAAGGUCUCGAUAAACUAAAUAUAUUAAAGAUCAAAUUCUUUACUGUAUAUUGUGCAAUUAAUUGAGAAAAAAAUGACAUAAUAAUGGUCAAUGGAAACCAAAAUCACCAACUGAUUUAGAGCUGGGUUCAAACUCACACGAAAGUCAAAGUAAACAUUUGAUAUCACUGCAACUCAUAAUGAGACUCAGUAUGGCCCCCACAUGCCUGUCAUCCAGGAACAACCUACAUAGACUCUGGCUCCAUGAGGCCAGGCAUUGUCCAGCACCAGGAGGAACCCAGGGCCCCCUGCACCAGCAUAAGAUCUGAUGAUGGGUUUGAGGAUUUCAUUCCGGUACCUAACCUGCCAAACCGGUCAUGUUGGAUGAUGUUGCAGGCAGCAUAACAUUUAGCAUGGUGUCUCUAGACCCUUUCACGUUUGUCACGUAUGAACUUCUCAUCUGUGAAAAGAACAGGGCGCCACUGGCAGACCUGCCAACUGUGGCGCUCUCUGGCAAAUGUUGCACGGUACUGGGCCGUGAGCACAGGUCCCACUAGAGGACUUUGGGCCCUUAUGCCACCCUCAAGGAGUUCAUUUCAGACAGUUUGGUCAUAAAUAUGCACACCAGUAGCCCGCUGGAUGUCAUUUGGUAGGGAUCUGGCAGUGCUCCUCCUGGUCCUCCACAC